AUCGACACCAUCACCCCCGAGAUCCGAGCCCUCUACAACGUGCUGGCCAAGGUGAAGAGGGAGCGCGACGAGUACAAGCGCAGAUGGGAAGAGGAGUACACGGUGCGUGUCCAGCUUCAGGACCGGGUGGCUGAGCUGCAGGAGGAAGCCCAGGAGGCUGAAGCUUGCCAGGAGGAGCUGGCCAUGAAGGUGGAGCAGCUCAAGGCAGAGCUUGUUGUCUUCAAGGGACUGAUGAGCAAUAACAUCACGGAGCUGGACACCAAGAUCCAGGAGAAGGCCAUGAAGGUGGACAUGGACAUCUGCCGUCGCAUCGACAUCACUGCCAAGCUGUGUGACGUGGCACAGCAGCGGAACUGUGAGGACAUGAUCAAGAUGUUUCAGAAGCAACUGUCUCUGCACUUGUCUCCCGUUAAGGUCCCAGCCUCGGUGGGGCGGAAGCGGGAGCGCAGGCAGGUCAGCGACGAGGACACCUCGCUGUCGGAGAGCGAUGCCUCCCGGAAGCCCGACGAGGAGGAGGAGGACGAGACCACGGCCAUGAGUAUCAAUGAGGAAAUGCAGAGGAUGCUGAACCAGCUGAGGGAAUAUGACUUUGAGGACGACUGUGACAGCCUCACGUGGGAGGAGACAGAAGAAACGCUGCUCCUCUGGGAGGACUUCUCAGGAUACGCCAUUGCAGCCGCAGAGGUGCAGGGGGAGCAGCAGGAUGACAGCCUGGAGAAGGUGAUCAAGGACACAGAGUCACUGUUCAAGAGCCGUGAGAAGGAGUACCAGGAAACCAUCGACCAAAUAGAGCUGGAAUUGGCCACAGCCAAAAAUGACAUGAACCGGCACCUGCACGAGUACAUGGAGAUGUGCAGCAUGAAGCGAGGCUUGGAUGUGCAGAUGGAGACUUGCCGGCGGCUCAUCACCCAGUCUGGGGACAGAAAGUCUCCUGCCUUCACCCCGACCUCCAACAGCGAGUCAGCUCCGCAUGAGGAGAGCGAGGAGUCCGACCGUGAUCCCCCCAGCGAUGCUUCCAUCAGAUAAUGAGGGGAGGCCCGGCUCCCUCGGACCCCCUUCCUGGCACGGGGUUGCCUAAGUCACACCUGGGAGAGACUGUCAGGGACGUGGAACUGCUGGUAAACGUCUGUCGCCCAGGCUCACUCCUGUUUUGGGGUGCUUGGCAGACCCCACACACCCCCUCACCGGAUACCCUGCUCAUGGGAAUAGCUAGAUAGACCUGAGGGCCCUUGCCCGGGCUGCUCCGCCUUCAGCCCCUUCUCCAUUCCCUUUCCCUGCUUUGGGUAAGCCGUGGUUCGGGCAGGGAGGCUCCAAACCUGCCACGGUGGCGUUCUGCAGGACGUGUUCCCAGGCGCCCCAGACCCACCUCCUCCAGCCUCCGUCCUGGUACACCUGCCCUGCCCUCCCUGCGCUUCACGGAGCCAACAAGAGCCAUACCUCCCUGCAGACUGGACCUGACACUGGUGCCAACUGGACCGAGCCCGGGGCUCUCCCUGCCCUUGCUGCUGGCUGGGCACCCGGCUGGCACUGCCCACGCUGAGCCGGGCACCCCGAGCCUCCCAGGCCUUCUCGGGGGCAGGGAACGAGUCCCGCUCACUGUGCACUUUGCUUUGCUCACGUCUGUGUUACGCGGGCGAGGUCAUUAAAUGGGACGAUUUCCUUUUCUACAGCUUCGCCGGGUGUGGCCUCUCCUGUGCUGCCGCGGGGCUUGAGAGGGGGCUGUGGUCCCUCAGAGCCCAAGCCCCCAUCAGUGGGUCUCCCCGUGGUGGAUGGGACAGUGGUGAGAUCCCUGUUCUAAAAUCCACUGGCCCUCAACAGGCCCUAGUGCUGCAUGGGCUGCCUUGUUUUUAACCUGGAGCAUCAUCAGUGCAGAGGCUGAAGGAUUGAAAAUGGAACUGAUCCUG